UCUGAUACCAAGAGCAAUUUUAACGACAAUUAUUACUUCCGCUUUCAAUUUUACGGGGAUUUCACGGGGAAGAUUUAAUUAUAGAACAAUUUCAAUUAUGGAGUCCAAAAAACUGUCAUUACAUAUAUUAAUACUGUUAACUUCUUUCAUGAUACAGGUGGAAUAUACAGUAUCCGACAAUGGUGUAAUGUACAGCAAAAUAUCCGGAGAGGCAAACUGGGACAAACACUUUUGUAUCAGCUAUAAUCCACUGUUCCAUGAGCUUCCAACAAAAGAAGACCAGGCUCUGCCCUACAGUAUAGUUGAUCUGUCAUCGAAAUAUGGCUGCAAUGCUUCUGACUAUAAUACAACUAGUGUGUCCGACUUGGAGAAAAGCAUUGUGCUUGUUGCUAGGGGAAAUUGUACUUUUUCACAAAAAGCAUUAAUAGCUCAGACAGCUGGUGCUGUGGCAGUUGUGGUUGCGAGUAAAAGCCUGCUUACACCUGGAGCUUCUAAUGAAACCACGGAUUACAAGAAUAUCAAUAUUACAGUUGCAACUGCCCUUUGGAAGAAUGUCGACGAUAUAAAACAGAAAGAUUUGAAACAAGUAGCAAUUUUAUUUGCACCAGGUUUUGAAUCCAAGUUUGAUCCAAAUCUGGCACUUAUAUUUCUCAUAGCUGUUAGUAAUAUUGUGAUAGGUGGGUUCUGGGCAGGAAAAACCAAACAUGCAAAGUACCAGAAACUGAAAUAUAAGCAUAAAAGAGAGCGACCAUCUACAGAAGAAAGAAGGGGUAGCGGUAGCGAUGAAUCUGUCAGUUCUGAUGACGAGGAAGAAGAAACAGUUGAUGUGUCUAUGAUUAUAAUUAUUGUUUUCUUUGUUCUUGUUUGUGCUUUUAUAGUGCUGUUAUAUUUUUUCUACGAUUACUUGGUUUAUGUUGUCAUAGUUCUGUUUUGUUUGGCAGGUGCCAUGGGCUUGUACUACUGUUUUAUUCAUACUUGGCACAAAAUUUGUCCGAUUAAGGCACGGCUUCCUCAGAAUAGAGUACCACUACUUAAGAGCAGACCACAUUAUAGAGAUUUAGCCUUGUUGGCUGUUUGUUUCGGAAUUUCCAUUUUCUGGGGAGUUGAGCGCCAUGCUCCGUAUGCUUGGGUCAUUCAAGAUAUUUUAGGUUACGCUUUCUGUCUUAACGUGAUGAAGUCGGUCGGUGUACCUAACAUGAAAGUCUGCACUGUGAUGUUGGUUCUCCUAUUCCUAUAUGAUAUAUUUUUCGUAUUUAUCACCCCACUAUUUACUAAGAGUGGCGACAGUAUCAUGGUUAAAGUUGCAACAGGUGGCGGAAGCAAAACUCAAGAACAGCUGCCGAUGGUGUUCAAAGUGCCUCGCCUGACACAGGAUGCGAUUAGCGCUUGCCCAUUGCCUUAUUCUCUAUUAGGUUUCGGUGACAUAAUUAUCCCUGGUCUUCUUGUCAGUCAUAAUCAUGCUUUUGAUUUGAGAGUUAACAGCAAGAGGUUGUAUUAUAUCGCAACUUGUGUUGGCUAUACUGUAGGCUUGAUUAUCACAUUUUGUGCUUUAGCUCUCAUGGAAACCGGCCAACCAGCUUUACUGUACCUUGUCCCUUGCACUCUUGUUACAACAUAUGUGAUUGGCUGUAUUAGAGGAGAAGUUAAAAUGCUAUGGAAUGGUUUGAAAGAUAGUGACUCAGAUCAAGGUUCCAAAACAGAGAAUGUUACGAAUGUAGACAGCAAUAACGGAGGGUUAGAAUCAGUUGUCACAUCAUCGGGGAUCAGUAAUAACGCCACCAUGAGGUCCAAUAGUGGGAAUCACUCUCCUGCUUCUAUGAGUAGUACAGACAGUGAAAACAGAGAAUUGUUGAGGAAAUGACAUAAAUAAAAUUUUUUUAUUAUUUGUCUUUAUAAUUUCAAUCAAUUAAUUAAGGUAGUCUUAAUUUUAAUUUUAAAGAUUGUGCAGUAUUGAAUUAAAGAAAUAUAAUUAACUCCAGUUUGAUCUGACAGAAGGAACGUUGCAUUGGGACUUUUAUACUUAGUCGACAGAAUAUUUGAGCAUGAAAUGCAUGGGUGUGGGUUUCUAGUUUAUUUGAAUCUAUGAUUGUAUGUGAUUGUAUGUGAUAUUAUUUAAUUCUAUUUAAUUUAUAUAAUGUUGAAAUGAUUAUUUUGUUGAUUAUUAUUAGCUUAUUCAACUACUUACAUAUAUUUGGACACGUAACCUGCUAAAAAGAUUGUUGUGAAUUUGAUAUGAUGUUUUUGCUGCGAGAAGUCCAGUUAAUACAUACUCGUUUCUAUUCCCCGUAAAGUUACAAUAAUACCGGAAAUGUCAAUAUUUUUCCAUACACUGACACCUGAAUCUCAUAUCGGGUGCAUGACUUCAUUUAAUGUGUGUUAUUGCAUUAAUUCUUUUAUUUAGUUCUUUAUUGUCAAUCUUAUUCAGGCUAUUGAGCAAGUUCAUAAUAUUUACAUUAAAUUUAUAUGUGUAGAAAAGUAUGUGAUUAUCUUUGCAUCAGGAAAUAUGCAUUCAUUCUUUAAUGGCCUGAAGUCGCGCAAUACUGUAAAAUCCUUUAAUUUUGUGGGCAUAAAAUUUCGUGGUUUUGGUAAAAAUGGCAAUUUCAUGGGGAUAUGAAUUCAUGGAUUUCAACUUUUGAAAUAAAAUGAACGGAAUUUUACUAGUUCGUUGGGAUUAAAUUUCAUGGAUUGACACAACCACGAAAUCCACGAAAAUUAGUCCCCCACGAAUAUUAAGGAUUUCACAGUAUUUCUGCUACAGAACUUGUGCAUAUUUCCCAAUACAAACUGAAUAACCUUUAAGUAUAUGAUAUCCCAUAUUGUUAUGGAAAGUGUUAAAUGUCCCAUCUAUUCUAGAUUAAUUUUGCUUGGUGAAAAAGAUGGGAGAGUCAGAGGUACGUCAUAUAAUGACUGAUCUAUUGUUCUUACUAUGUAAAGUGUUUACUUAAUAUGUUUAAUUUUAUGGGUAUAAUGCUAUCAAUUAAAGGCUUUUACCUUCAGCAAAGGGAUAAUGAACUACAUUUUAAACUGUUCAGUUAGGAAAUGAUGUUUCUUUUCAUAUAUCCAAUAUAGGAAUAAAUUUUGUGAUCACGAGAUGCAAUUGGGAGAUACAAACUUUUGUUAGCAUAAUUAAGUCUGUGUAUGUUUAAAUAUAUUGAGUUGUUAAACUGAUUGUUUUAAAGUUUUAUCUUUGACAAUGAAUUCAGUUGUUAAAGUGAUUAAUUUUAUCUAUGUUAAUGCUUACAUUAUUUUUUAAAGCUACUUUUUCACAGCAUUGGCAAAAAAUGGAUAUUUCCAUUGGUGUUAUAUCUGUCUUGAGAAAUGACAAAAGAAGUGAGAGCUUGUUAUAAAUAACAAUUUAUAAAAAAUACUUUUUGUAGAAAUAUGAAUGCUGAUUUUGUUCAUAAUUUUGUUCAAAUUGAUAAUAAAUAUUUUAAACAGA